AAAGGGUUAAUGACCCGAAUGACAACGGCAUUAACCCGGAAGUUGUGCUUUGGUAUUUCAAUGUGACUUACCCUAAACUAGCUAGCUGUUGUAAUACUCUAUUAAGUAUGUUCCUCACUGCUGUAAAUCUGGCCAAGGCCAAGUCAAAGACUGUCCUAGUGCAAAUGGUGAGUGCUGCUGGGACAGGUUACUGCUUCAACACCAAGAGAAACCGACUACGCGAUAAACUGGUGCUGCGAAAAAAUGACCCUUUUGUAAACAAACACGUCCUCUUUCACGAAAAGAAGAAGAUCAGGUCGAUUUAACCAUGAACGGCAAAGAACGAGACUUUUGAAUCUCCAACAUCUAAUCAGAUGAUUUCACUGACAUUGUCUAAAAUGUGUCGACCGUCAUUCGCGAGAAGAGCUAAGGAGUUCAUAUUGGACUAUUCAUGGGCCACAUCAACUCAUUGUAAACAUUUGGGAUGAACCAAGCGGUGUCAAAACCUCAAGUAGUUCUGUUUCCAUUCACAUCAAUAACCAGGUUUCCAUCCAACAUUUUGUGAGUACAGUACAUGUCGGAUAGAAAUUUCACGACAGGCCUGAUGGAACCAGCAAAUUUGUCAGUAAACUUUCCAAAGGUCGACGACAGAAUACAUGUCGUAGUGGGCGAACCACACAACAUAUCAUGACUCCCAAGUUUACUUCGAUAUGAUGGUUAUUAUAUCAAUAUUUAAAUUGUGAGAAGUGGCAGUGGAAACCCUUUUAUGUGCAAAUAUUGAUAUAAUAACCAUCAUAUCAUAGUAAACUUGGGAGUCAUGAUAUGUUGUGUGGUUCUCCCCACUACGACUUGGGAAAGCAUGCAAUUGGCUACAGAUUAAAUAAGUUGUGAACUUCACAGGGUGGAAAAAGUGCACAGUGAUGAGCUUAAUGCUCCUUUCCAAUACAUAGAGGGUCUUAUUCUGUUAACAUGAUGAUCGGCUGCCGUUUGACUAAUCUCCAUCUUAUCCAUAACAAUCAGAUCAUGUCCUGUAGGUAGCCGACCCACACUGUGUCUGCGAGCUGUUGGCUAGAGCACACAUGCAAAGACCAGAGCGGGCGCGUUUGCUAUAUAACGCAACAUUUGUUGUGAUGGAAACACAUUUCACUUGUAUUUUUUAUUUGGUACAUGGGAAUUUAACUGCAAAAUAUAUUUUCAUGUGCACGUCAUCACGCACAGCCUUUUAUCCGCAACAAGUCAAUUUGAUGGAAACAUCUCUGGUGGGAAAAUGUGCAUAUUUUUGAAUAUUUGCAUGAAUAUCUUGCCAAUUGGAUGGAAACCUAGCUAUUGAGACAAUUAUUUCUCAAUAAGUAAGAAGUAGCUUGUUUCAUGUUUUUGCCACUUGUAUGUUAUUUCUCUAAUGUAGCACAUUGCAUUUAUAAUCUUUGUUCUGCAAGAGUAUCAUAUCUGCCAUUAAGAAAUAAUGGAAACAUGAAAGAAGGACAACUGUUCACUUGUGUUUCACGCUGAAUGAUCAUAAGCUUUUACAACAUGAUGGUAAUUCAGUACAGAAUACUUUUUUUUGUCUAGACAAACUAGUCUGGGUUUGGUGUUAACUUUUUCACUAGUUUUUCAGACAUGUAAAUUAUUUGUAUCCUUAUUGUAGGUCAGAAUAAAAAUUGAAAUGAUUCAAGUUGUAUUUUCCCUCUUAAAUGUGUUUGACAUUUGUUGAUUUUGUCAAAGCUUAUGAAAAACAGUGAGUGAAAUUGUUUCAAUGAUGAGUUUGUGGAACACUAGUAUGAAACAAAAUGUAUUAAAAGUAUUUAAACCUCAUUAUUGGACACAUUUAAAUAUUUAAAAAAAAUGUAUAUGACAAUACAGGUAUGGCAGAUUAAUAAAGGACAAUGGUCAUCAUUGCAUUAAGUUA